AUACCUGUUGAAGCUGACGCAGAAGUGCAUUACAUCUUUACCGUUUCAUUUGAAUGUUUUUGUCAGUCUAUUAUUUUGUUCAUUAACCCUAACUCCCUAGGGUGUAUGUAAAAUCAUAUUGAAAUCGGAGGAAUUGGGACUGUUAGGGUUAAUGGUUGCCGGUAAAUCGCACGCUGACUCUUUUUCUGUCAGCUGAAACGGGAAUCUAUUUAUGCUCUGCUGGUCACUGAUGCAUACAAAAUGUACGACAUUGUGAAUUCACAGUGGCAUUCAACCUAUCCCGUUUGCUGUUAUGCUCAUUUCGCUUGUCGUAGUACGAGUACAUUCAGAUCAUUUUAUACUGCAGACUAGACUUGGAUCUCCAUAGAUUAGCAAAAUGCCUGACUCAGACCGGGACAAACUUGUACUUCAUGAGAUGUCAAGCCGCGGAAGCGCUGAGAAUACAUCAGGAAAUCAGGACACUGACGAAGAGCUGCUCCAGGCAAAUGGUAUCAAUGUUUGGCAGACGGCUGUUUCCUUGGCAGGUGGUAUGGCUGGGUUAGGUUUCUUAGCCAUCGUUGUUCUUGUUGUCAGUACGGGCUGGAUUGGUUUCAUUCUCUUCUCGUUUGUGUGUUCUGCUAUGAUAUACACGGCAAUACUCCUUGGACGCUGCUGGAAUAUGGUACGGUUGAAGUGGGACCAAGAGAGACAUCCAUACGGUGCGGUAGGCGAGGAGGCGUUUGGUGUCUGGGCCCGACGUUUCAUCAACUUUCUAGUGGCGUUAGUGUGUUUUACUAACACCAUCCCAGUCUUGAUGGGCUUCACGGAAAUGACAUUGACUAUUGGGGGCAUGGUACUUGAAGGCACCCUAUGCUUCUGGCCGCUUGUUUACGGGCUCAUCAUUUGCCCCUUUGUGUGGCUUGGUACACCCAAGAAUUUCUGGUUGUUAUUGGCAGCCAGCUUAUUCACCUGCAGCCUGUCCAUGAUUUUUGUCACCAUUUCCACAUUCCUGAUUAGCGAUUCUAUAAGUGACCACGCUAACGCCACACAUUCUGAGUUUCAUGAGAGCAAACUUCUACAUCUUAGUGAAGCAACUGGAACCGUCCUGUGGGUAUUAAGCCUGCACAGCACUUUACUAACUGUGCAGCAAGACAUGCAACAGCCGCAGGCUCUCACUAAAGCCCUUAUUCUCGCGAACUUCAUGACACUCCCUGCCGUGCUGGUGGUCAUGUUGUCCUUGCUUACUGUUUUCGGGAACGCGCUGACAAAUGUAACAGGGACAGCAAUUGUCUUCUCUUUGCUACCGGAUGAUAGUCUGAAGAAGACGGCUGCACUUCUUAUUUUAGUCCAUCAGACUGGAGUUGUCUUGUUUGUAAACAACCCUCUCUUCCAAUACUUGGAGGAGGUUCUUGAUAUACCGAAGGAAUUUACUUGGAAGCGAGUAAUUCUUCGAUCUUCAAUCAUCAUUGCCCAGGUUUUCAUUCAAGAGACAGUACCCCACUUCACCCUCUUGGCUUCCAUUUCUGGUGGCCUUUUGAAUCCUCUUCUUUCGCUGCUAAUUCCUUGCCUUUGUUAUUUACGCCUGACAAAGAAAUGUCAGAGCCAGCCCUCAAAAUGGUUCACGCUUGAAACAGCUGUCUGCUUUGUCAUCAUUGGCGCAACUCCUUGUCUCAUGGUCUUCAUUUUGUUGGGCACAGGACUGUCAAUCGGUCUGGGCAGGACAGCUUUCACUAUGCCAUGCUACGUCAAUGCCACCCGAGCUGGUCUUUGAAAGUGUAAAUUCUAUUUAUGGUUUAUAGAUGCUUCUGCAGUCAUCACUAAAGAAACCCAAAAUUUGUGUAGUCAUCUUUAGAAAAUUCAGAUUUACAACGAGUGACGGUAGCACAGCUUCAUUCUCUUGUCAAACUACAUUAAUGGUAUAAUUAUACGUAAUGAGUGCAUUUCAGAAUAAAUCAUAAUUCAUACAGUAAUCCUUUACUCGUUCGAUGCGACUGUUAUAUUUAACAGAGUUAUUAAUAAUUCAAUAAUUACUCUUGCUUACUUUAUGUAUUAGCAAAAUGUCAAUGACAUUGAAUGCUUUUAACCCUGUAGUGCCUCAUUGUGCUUACUGACUAAAAUGAAUACAACUGGUUGUUUGGGUCACUUUACUUGCUUACUAAUUACAAAAAAAAUAAUUGGUACUUUGCAAAUUUUAUAAUGGAUUUACAAAAUGUCCUUAUAAUGUAGACGUCAGGCUUUUAAGUUUCUGCGUCUAUAUUUAACUUGUAUUGAGACUUCGUAAAAUCUGAGCUGUGGACAUCCCUCCUUCAAUUACAACAGUUUUUCUUUCCAAUAGCCUUAAAGAUAACUUUUUGGGCUUGUUAAUUCCCCUUUACUUGUUAGAAAAGGCUCCGGCUUACAGGUGUGCCUUGUAUAUUGAAAUAAAUUUGGGAAUUAUGA